AUGAUUGGCUUGAUUAUCUUGAUAUAUUUUGGAGGAAAGCUGAUCGUUUGUAAUAAAAAUAUUCCGAUUUGCGACCAGCUUUUGAAGGAACACAAAAAAUACGUGAAAGACUGGGAACAAAGAUGUUUAAGCGAAAGUCGGCACGAGAUUAAUUCACCAUGUUGCAAAGCCGAAAAAGAUUACUUUCAAGAAAGGAUGCGUAUGCACACAAAGAUGUGUUUGUAUGAAGGUAAUAAAAUAUUUUAUUUUGAUAUACCAAGUUGGACAAAGUGACUUUGGGGUGCUACUUUUUUAAAUCAAAUCAGUAAUAAUGGACAUAAUCUGUGGAGGGAAGAAAAAUUGUUUCCUUUUCUCCCAUCGAAAUUAAAUGAAGUAUAUUUACCAUUAUAGCUCCCUUACGAAAAAUUCCAUAGGAUCCUACAGGAAUUCGUAUAGGAAAUUCAAAUUCCUAUUGGAAUUCCGGAAGGACAUAAAUAUUCCUAUUAGAAUUCCUACAGGACCUGAAUCCGAAUUACAUUUUUUGCUUGACUCAUGCAUUGUUUUUUACAGGAUCCUACCCCGAACCAUACUUACUUAUCCGCACCAGAACCAAAAUUUUGGCGACUGAUUUGGCAACUUUUGAUACCACAGUCGUUAUGCGCAGUCUCCAGUAUAAUGAGAACGAAGGUUUGGACAUUGAUACGUUAGGAAAGAAAAUUUACUUUACAAACGCAUCACAUAUUUAUCGGGCAAAUUUUGACGGUACUGGUAAAGAAACAAUUGUGGAAAAUGCUGGCCCUUAUGACAUAACAAUUGAUUGGAUAGGACGUCGUAUAUUCUGGACCGUUCUUGAAUCAGAGGGAAAGAUCAACGUCGCGAGUUUAGAUGGCCAAGCCAGAAGAGUGUUUGUCAAUACCCAUUACCCUGAACAUGUAAAAGUGGACCCCACUGUGGGGUAAGUAAAAGGUCGUUUGGUAAAUAAUAUAUUUGCGAUGACAAAUAUACAGCAUGAAGAGUUACUAAUUGGUCAACAAUGAACGUUGUAGCGUCAAGUGUUGCCAUGAGAACACGACAACCACUUAAUAAAACAAAAUAAGUUCAAGUCAUUGAAUAAUUUCAGUAACCAUUUCAGUUUUUUUCUUAAAAUACGGAGGUAAUUUCACAGCUGUAUUGAAAAGGAAAGCAGUGCAGUCUAUUCAAAGCAAACUAUAUCCAUAGUAUAUCAAUUCUUCAUAUUUCAUGAGGGCGAUUUGCUCGAAAGCUCAUUGACUGCAACGAAUUUCCAAACAUAUGUCUUUGAAAUUUGAAUUGCCAUGUCACUUUCUUGACUUUUUAACCAGAAUAUCAUGUAUAGUUGAGACAUCUUCUUAAGAUUCUGGAAUCUAGGAUAGUUGUUGACUUUGCUGUUUCCUUAAAUAACCUCAUAUUAGCAAUUUUCCUGCAUGCGAAGACUAACAGCAUUCCAAUCUGCAUUAAGUUGUACAUAUACAUGCAGUUGCAGUGUCUUUGACAGUCUUUUUGUGAUGUCCUUAGUCGCUUGUAAAUUGCAUGAUGAUGCAUGAUUUCCACAGCACUUUCCUAACAUUGAAGUUUGAGAAGCAUGAAUAUCUAAAAUACAAUGCAAUUGAUUUGCAUUUCAUUUCUCAAACUGUAAACCUAAAUCUACAUGUUACACUAAAUCUAUCAAAUUGAUGAUAGGCCUAUUAAUUAUGGAUGAUUCCAGUUAUAGACUAAAUUUUGAUUCAGACAAGAAGGACGAAAUCUAUCAUUAUAGCUAAAAAUGACAUCCUUAAAUUAGUAAAAUAGCCAAAUUUGGUUGCAAUAUGUUGUAAAUACGGAAAAUAUAGCCUUGUGAAGCCCAGUUUAGUAUUAUGCGCGCAAAAUUUCCCGCACAUAAUAAAAAUUAAUACAAAAUUUGCCAGUUUCAUAUGGCUAUAUUUUCCGCAUUUUUCAACAUUUCGCGGCCAAACUUUGCUAUUUUACUAAAUUUAAAAUCUCUUUCUAGCUGUACUGAUGGAUUUUGUUCUUUUUGCCGAGAUCAAAAUUUUGUCUAUACCUGGAAAUAUCUAUUGAGAGAGGAACAUACUUACAUUUUAACAAAACUAUCUCUAACUGGUUGGCAAUCUUUUAGUUUUAUUCCCCAUUCAGUCAAUAAAAGCACCAAAUACAAAUGAAAUUUCUGCUAUCUGAAAGGGGAUGGGAAAAUGCACUUUUAUAAUAAUAAAAUGUACUAGGAUGUGCAAAAGGAAAAGGAGUUACACUUCCCUAUAUGAGAGCUGUGGAUCUAAGUCAAAUUCUUCCACAAACAAAGUAGUAAGCACUUCGCAUGCUGCCAGGGAUAAAGUAUAAAUUACAGUAUUGUUAUACACUGGAUUAUUGAUUAAUGCAUGCGUGUGGCAUAUUAGCACCGGUACAGUGAUAAGGCAAUUAAAUGUUGAACUAUGAUAUAAAUAGAGAAUAAUACAUGGGUGCGCGAAAGUACCAGAAUUAUUUAAAGUGUUGAACGAAUUAUUUCGAGUGAGCGCAGCGAACGAGUAAGAUAUCAUGUUCAACGCGAGUAUUUCUAACACUGGUAUUUCCAAGCACCCAUGUAUUUUUCUGCUUAUUAUAUAAAGGACAGUCUUUUCAAGCAAAAUAAGUAUCUGUUUCAUUGUGUUGCUUUGCUGAUUUAAGAGGAAGAGUUAAUGCCCUUGAGUACGAGUCAUCCGUUUGUGAUGGCGACGAAGUGUCUGCAGACAACAACGAUGAAAUAGCUUCUUGCUGUUCUUCACGUAAACAACUAUAA